UGCUGAACAUGGCGUCAGACGGGAUGAUUUUAACGAACCACGACCACCAAAUCCGGGUCGGAGUCUUGACAGUGAGUGACAGCUGUUUUCGAAACCUUGCAGAGGACCGCAGUGGCGUCAACCUCAAAGAUCUUGUACACGAUCCCUCCCUGUUGGGGGGUAUGAUCGCGGCCUACAAGAUCGUGCCGGAUGAGAUAGAUGAAAUCAAGGAGACUCUGGUGGAUUGGUGCGAUGAAAAGGAACUUAACCUCAUCCUGACCACCGGAGGCACAGGCUUCGCCCCGAGAGACGUCACACCAGAGGCAACUAAGGAAGUGAUAGAGCGCGAGGCUCCAGGGAUGUCUCUGGCAAUGCUGAUGGGAUCCCUCAACGUCACACCACUAGGCAUGCUUUCCAGACCUGUGUGCGGUAUCCGAGGGAAGACACUCAUCAUUAACUUACCAGGAAGCAAGAAAGGCUCCCAGGAAUGCUUCCAGUUCAUCCUGCCGGCAUUGCCGCACGCAAUCGACCUUCUGCGGGACGCGGUGGUGAAGGUAAAGGAGGCGGCAGACGAGCUGGAGGACUUGCCGUCGCCACCGCCACCCCUCUCGCCGCCGCCCAACAGUUCGCCACGCCGCCAGACGGAGGACAAGGGCGUGCAGUGCGAGGAGGAGGACGAGGAGAAGAAGGACAGCGGCGUUGCAUCCACCGAGGACAGCUCCUCCUCCCACAUCACCGCCGCAUCCAUCGCCGCCAAGAUCCCAGACUCCAUUAUCUCGCGGGGUGUGCAGGUGUUGCCCAGGGAUACAGCCUCUCUCAGCACCACGCCCUCGGAGUCGCCCCGCGCACAGGCCACCUCCCGACUCUCUACGGCUUCCUGUCCCACGCCCAAAGCGCGGCUCCCCUCCUGUUCAUCCACCCUAAGCAUUGCUGAGGCCUCACGGAGAGAAUUCAGGGCUCACCUGGAUGAGGUCAUCACGCUCAAGUCAAGGUACUCUACCUUGGACCAGCUCCAGUGUAGGUUGGAGGGGCUUAAAGAUGAUCGCAGGAGGACCUUCAGCUCUCGAGUGCAGUCACGAUGCAGCAGCAAAGAAAAUAUCCUAAGAUCAAGUCACAGUGCAGUGGACAUCACCAAGGUGGCCCGGAGGCACCGCAUGUCCCCCUUCCCCCUCACCUCCAUGGACAAGGCCUUCAUCACUGUGCUGGAGAUGACCGCUGUCCUGGGCACUGAGAUCAUCAACUACAGAGAUGGGAUGGGUCGAGUCCUGGCUCAGGACGUUUAUGCCAAAGACAACCUGCCACCCUUCCCUGCUUCUGUCAAGGAUGGUUAUGCUGUGAGAGCGGCUGACGGCCCGGGCGACCGCUUCAUCAUUGGAGAGUCCCAAGCUGGAGAGCAGCCCACCCACACAGUGAUGCCUGGCCAGGUGAUGAGGGUGACGACGGGUGCUCCUAUCCCCUGCGGGGCCGACGCUGUAGUCCAGGUUGAAGACACCGAGCUCCUCCGAGAGUCUGAAGACGGCACAGAGGAGCUGGAGGUACGAAUCCUAGUACAGGCUCGUCCAGGGCAGGACAUCAGGCCUAUCGGUCACGACAUCAAGCGUGGGGAGUGUGUGCUGGCAAAGGGCACCCAUAUGGGCCCAUCUGAAAUUGGUCUCCUGGCCACUGUUGGAGUCACAGAGGUGGAGGUCCAGAAAUUCCCUGUGGUGGCCGUCAUGUCCACAGGAAAUGAGCUGCUGAACCCAGAAGAUGACCUCCAUCCAGGGAAGAUCAGGGACAGCAAUCGCUCCACCCUGCUGGCCACUAUUCAGGAGCACGGCUACCCCACUAUCAAUCUGGGCAUCGUGGGAGACAACCCCGAUGACCUUCUCAACGCUCUGAAUGAAGGCAUCAGCCGUGCUGAUGUCAUCAUCACCUCAGGAGGAGUGUCCAUGGGAGAGAAGGACUACCUGAAGCAGGUGCUGGAUAUCGAUCUUCAUGCUCAGAUCCAUUUUGGUCGUGUUUUCAUGAAACCAGGUCUCCCAACAACAUUUGCCACCUUGGACAUGGACGGUGCUCGCAAACUAAUCUUUGCCCUCCCAGGUAGAAACCCCGUGUCCGCUGUUGUCACCUGUAAUCUUUUUGUCAUCCCUGCCUUAAGGAAGAUGCAGGGCAUUUUGGACCCUAGGCCCACCAUCAUCAAAGCGAGGUUGUCUUGUGAUGUGAAGUUGGACCCUCGCCCUGAAUACCACCGCUGCAUUCUGACAUGGCAUCACCAGGAACCUCUGCCGUGGGCACAGAGCACAGGGAACCAGGUGAGCAGCAGGCUGAUGAGUAUGCGCAGCGCUAACGGGCUCCUCAUGCUACCUCCGAAAACAGAGCAAUACGUGGAGCUGCACAAGGGCGAGGUGGUUGAUGUCAUGGUCAUCGGCCGGCUAUGAUGUCAUCACAGAGGGACGGAGAGUUGGCGUCAUAUAGCGAGGGUUGGAAUGGGUGGUUCACGGUGCAUGUCCACAUAUCAUUGACUAUUCUGUAAUAUGCAACGGCACAGCUAGUUUUUAUUGAUUUGGAUAACGUUGAGGUAUAGUCAACAUCUUGAUCACAACCUAGAUACAUAUGAAAAAAUUAAUUUAAA